AUGAAGAGCAAGGCUGCCUUUUUAAAGAUGAGGGGAUGGCCCAAAAUCCAUCAUCCGCUUCCACAAACUCCCCGAGAGUCCCAGCAGCUAUUGUCCGCUUUGACAUCAUCCUUCCGUCGUCAGCUCGACGCCGCAGAUACGAAUAAGCCCGCACAGUCUGCGAGUGAACACUUGGAUGCUAUUUUAGAAAACCCGUUAUUCCGCGUCGUUCCUUCCAAACCAGCAUACCCUACUCUUGAAUCUCAUCAGAAAAGGCAGCAAGAGACGGAGGAAGCCUUUUCAUUGGUCAAGGACCCCAUGAGACUGCUCGAUGAGAACGUGGCUGCCGGAACCCUUACCGGCCGGAUAGUGAAAGAAAUUUUACGAUCACAAUGGAUCUUGAUCAACACUGAUUCAAAGAAUGCACAGCAAGAUUUGAAGAACACGGGUGCAGGAGCAAGAGUAGCCAAGUGGUUCUGGGCUUCGGAUUCCGCUUCACGGAAAUCGUUCUUCAAAAUCCCAGGAGCAACCAAACACUCUAUCACUUUCAUGGUCGCAGAAGGUCUUCACGAUGAGCUCAGGGCUCUUCUACGUCUACUAUACAGAUCUGAUUUGGGAGGGACUGACGGCAAAAUCCCCAAACGGGUUGCAGACAAAAUCUUCGCAACAUUUUUGUACAAUUAUGUUGCGGCUGAGAUCCACCAUGGACAAGGGAUGGCUAGUGCCCUGGAAAUAUUUGUGGAAGUAGCAGACUCUAUCGGUGACUCCAGCGAUCCUGAAUCUAUGAGCCUGCGGGAGUCGUUGCUUAAAGCGACGGUUAUCUACUUGGGUUGUUUCAUGCGUCAGGACAUGAAUUCUGAGAUGUUUAAAGAUGUCCCCGUUUCGUUAUUCGACCAGUAUUGCAACCUAGUAGAAUCUCUACCGGGUCUUCGAGUUUAUGGCAUUGCCAUGCGCAUGUAUCAUCCUACGCAGCCAGACGCUCGGCCUUUUAUGGAAUAUCUGCAGGAGUUGCGCAAGUCAAAAUCCCCACCACGUACAGAAAUGGGUCAAGAUAUUUUGCUUCAAACAAGCCUGAACGCGUUACGCCUUCUUAUAGAUCAGGGAAAUUACCGCGAUGCCGCGAAAUACUCUCAUCAUGUCAAGAAUAUGCUAUUUGAGGAGCGAGUCACGGACCGUGAACACGACAGCUACUCUCCUCAGAUGAAUCAGCUAAUGGAUCAAUUGAGUUUGGCUGAAACUGCAUUACCCUUUCAAUGGGAGCCCAUGUGA